AAGCUCCCAGUCAGCCACGUGAUCAUGAGGGGAAACAACCAAUACAGGCAUACCUUUUUUUUAUUGUGCUUCGAAGAUAUUUUGUUUUUUACAAAUUUAAGAGGGAGAACUGGUGGGCGGUCCUUCCUGUGACACGACCCUUGAGUGACAGUUCUAUUUGAUUGCCUCCAGUACUGUGAGGAAAGGACACGACUCUAUGGUGAGGACUGAUGGACAUACAUUAUCUGAGAAAAGAAACUACCAGCCUCCAGCCCUGAGCUUUCCAAUCCCCAGAGUAGCCAAUGUUGAAAGAAAUUGCACAGGUGACAAACAGCAUGUUUGGUGCUUCAAGAAAGAAGUUUGUAGAGGGGGUCGACAGUGACUACCAUGACGAAAACAUGUACUACAGCCAGUCUUCUAUGUUUCCACAUCGGUCAGAAAAAGAUAUGCUGGCAUCACCAUCUACAUCAGGUCAGCUGUCUCAGUUUGGGGCAAGUUUAUACGGGCAACAAAUUCAGAAUGUUUGGUUGACUGAUGUGCCAUUCCACAACAGACUAGUAACAGAAGGCACCAAAAUGUGUGCACUAGGCCUUCCAAUGAGGGGGAUGAGCAACAAUACCCCUCAGUUAAAUCGCAGCUUAUCACAAGGCACUCAGUUACCGAGCCACGUCACGCCAACAACAGGGGUACCAACAAUGUCACUUCACACGCCUCCAUCUCCAAGCAGGGGUAUUUUGCCUAUGAAUCCUAGGAAUAUGAUGAACCACUCCCAGGUUGGUCAGGGCAUUGGAAUUCCUAGCAGGACAAAUAGCAUGAGCAGUUCAGGGUUAGGUAGCCCCAACAGAAGCUCGCCAAGCAUAAUAUGUAUGCCAAAGCAGCAGCCUUCUCGACAGCCUUUUACUGUGAACAGUAUGUCUGGAUUUGGAAUGAACAGGAAUCAGGCAUUUGGAAUGAAUAACUCCUUAUCAAGUAACAUUUUUAAUGGAACAGAUGGAAGUGAAAAUGUGACAGGAUUGGACCUUUCAGAUUUUCCAGCAUUAGCAGACCGAAAUAGAAGGGAAGGAAGUGGUAACCCAACUCCAUUAAUAAACCCCUUGGCUGGAAGAGCUCCUUAUGUUGGAAUGGUAACAAAACCAGCAAAUGAGCAAUCCCAGGACUUCUCAAUACACAACGAAGAUUUUCCCGCGUUACCUGGUUCCAGUUAUAAAGAUCCAACAUCAAGUAAUGAUGACAGUAAAUCUAAUUUGAAUACAUCUGGCAAGACAACUUCAAGUACAGAUGGACCCAAAUUCCCUGGAGAUAAAAGUUCAACAACACAAAAUAAUAACCAGCAGAAAAAAGGGAUCCAGGUGUUACCUGAUGGUCGGGUUACUAACAUUCCCCAAGGGAUGGUGACAGACCAGUUUGGAAUGAUUGGCCUGUUAACAUUUAUCAGGGCAGCAGAGACAGACCCAGGAAUGGUACAUCUUGCAUUAGGAAGUGACUUAACAACAUUAGGCCUCAAUCUGAACUCUCCUGAAAAUCUCUACCCCAAAUUUGCAUCACCCUGGGCAUCUUCACCUUGUCGACCUCAAGACAUAGACUUCCAUGUUCCAUCUGAGUACUUAACGAACAUUCACAUUAGGGAUAAGCUGGCUGCAAUAAAACUUGGUCGAUACGGAGAAGACCUUCUCUUCUAUCUCUAUUACAUGAAUGGAGGAGACGUAUUACAACUUUUAGCUGCAGUAGAGCUUUUUAACCGUGAUUGGAGAUACCACAAAGAAGAACGAGUAUGGAUUACCAGGGCACCAGGCAUGGAGCCAACAAUGAAAACCAAUACAUAUGAGAGGGGAACAUAUUACUUCUUUGACUGUCUUAACUGGAGGAAAGUAGCUAAGGAUGUUUUCAGUGUUUUUCCAGAAAUUGGAUUAGGAAUUAAGAAAUUUAGUUCCAUAGUAUAUUUAUUAACAGACUUCAUCAAACUACAGAAAAUCCAUUGACGUGCCAUGUCCCAAGUCAAAGUCCCCAUCUGUAAAGUGGUUGUGGUUUAUUAUUCACAGGAGUUCCAUCUGGAAUAUGACAAAUUAGAAGAACGGCCUCACCUGCCAUCCACCUUCAACUACAACCCUGCUCAGCAAGCCUUCUAAAAAAAGACUUCCCUUUUCUUGGGGUAUGGCUGUCUCAGCACAAUACUCAACAUAACUGCAGAACUGAUGUGGCUCAGGCACCCUGGUUUUAAUUCCUUGAGGAUCUGGCAAUUGGCUUACGCAAAGGGUCACCAUUUGAGGUCCUGCCUUACUAAUUAUGUGCUGCCCAACAACUAAAUUUGUAAUUUGUUUUUCUCUAGUUCGAGCAGGGUCUGAAUUUUUUCAUUUAUUUUCUUUUUUGCCAGCAGACAGACUUGGGUCUGUAAAGACAAGCAAGUACACUGAAAGAAGUUUACCAUUUAGUUUCUAAAAUGUAAAAAAGAAAACCCACAAAAGACUCAACAGAAUUAGACCACAAAAUUUGCAUUGUUCAUUGUAGCACUAUUGGUAAUAAAAUAACAAAUGUUUGUGCAUUUUUAUGUGAAGAUCCUUCUCGUAUUUCAUUUGGAAAGAUGAGCAAGGUCUGCUUCCUUCAUUUUACUUCCCCUUCUGUUUUUGAAAGGCAGUUUCGCCAAGCUUAACGCAAGAAUAUAUGACUGUUUAGAAGAAAGAUAUUGCUACAAUCUCUGGAUGGUUUCCAGGGUUGUGUUAUUACUGAGCUUCAUCUUUCCAGAAUGAGCAAAACACUGUCCAGUCUUUGUUACGAUUUUGUAAUAAAUGUGUACAUUUUUUUUAAAUUUUUGGACAUCACAUGAAUAAAGGUAUGUAUGUACGAAUGUGUAUAUAUUAUAUAUAUGACAUCUAUUUUGGAAAAUGUUUGCCCUGCUGUACCUCAUUUUUAGGAGGUGUGCAUGGAUGCAAUAUAUGAAAAUGGGACAUUCUGGAACUGCUGGUCAGGGGACUUUGUCGCCCUGUGCACUAAAGGGCCAGAUUUUCAGCAGCCAAGGACAUCCAUACCCAAGUGAAUGUGAUGGGACUUAAAGAAGUGAACUGAGACAAUUCACUCUGGCUGUUUGAACAGCAGCGUUUCAUAGGAAGAGAAAAAAAGAUCAAUCUUGUAUUUUCUGACCACAUAAAGGCUUCUUCUCUUUGUAAUAAAGUAGAAAAGCUCUCCUCA